AUGAAGGACAGAAAUGACAGUCUACCGCUGCCCAGUCAGUCGGUGGUGUUCCUGAGCCUAUUCCUCAUGAUGGUGACUGGAGGGCUGGUCUGCUCCACCCUACUCGUCCUACAGCCACUCAGCAGCUCGGGCCAACCGUGGCCCAAAGACACUCUUUUACAUCCCCAGUCCCUGACCAGUCACAACCAGGGAGAAACCAUCCCGCCACAUGAAGUAGCCUACCCACAAAACUACCACUUUAUUCUGGACCAGUCUCUGAGGCACGAGGCUCCCUUCUUGGUUCUGAUGGUGCCGGUGGCUCCAAGUAACCUGGAAGCCAGGCAGGUGAUCCGCCGGACCUGGGGGAAGGAGGGUGUGGUUCUGGGCCGGGCGGUGCGUGUGUUGUUCCUGCUGGGCAUUGGGGCGGGGGUGGAGAGGCAGCAGGAGCAGCUGAAGACGAAGAGCCUGGAGCACCACGACCUGCUGCAGAGUGACUUCCUGGACAGCUACUUCAACCUGACCAUCAAGACCAUGGUGAUGCUGGAGUGGCUGAACUCUCGCUGCCCCAACGCCUCCUACGCCAUGAAGGUGGACUCCGACAUGUUCGUCAACGUGCACAACCUGGUCGGCAUGCUGGCCGCCCCAGACACGCCCACCAGGAACUACAUCACGGGCAUUGUCCGGCUCAACAGCAAUGUUGUCCGAGACCCCACCUCAAAGUGGUACAUUCCCAGAACGGUUUAUCCCAGUUCUAAAUUCCCACCUGACCUCAUAGGGAAUGGUUAUAUUUUCUCCUUGGAUCUUGCUGGGAAGCUAGUGGAAGCCUCCAAACAGGUCAGAGCCAUUUACAUUGAGGACGCCUACCUUGGGAUGUGUCUGCACUACUUGGGGAUUGCCUUGAGCUACCCUCCUAGCUCAGCCCUUUUCAAACUGUACCCCCCUUACCGUAACAGACGCUGUUUCUACUCCUCUGUUGUCAUGACGCUCAUGGACAGCAUCAAUAAUCUACAGGCAGUCUGGAGGGACUUACAGAGAUUUGGCUCACCCUGCUAA